GCGCAGGGAGGGGCCGGGACGGCUGGAGUGAGCGGCGGCCGCAGCUGCAGCAAGACGGCCCGCCGGCGGCUCUGGCCGCGCGCCGGGAACCUCGUGGGGCGGGCGGGCGCUGCACCCCCAGCCUGGCCGCCUGCGCCCGGGGACGCGGCCGCGCACGACGGGACCAGCAGCAUGAGCAGCGGCUACAGCAGCCUGGAGGAGGACGCCGAGGACUUCUUCUUCACCGCCAGGACCUCCUUCUUCAGGAGGGCGCCCCAGGGCAAGCCCCGCGCCGGCCAGCAAGAUGUGGAUAAAGAGAAGGAAACUCACAAUUACCUCAGCAAAGAGGAAAUCAAAGAGAAAGUCCAUAAAUACAACUUAGCUGUCACCGACAAGUUGAAGAUGACCUUGAAUUCAAAUGGGAUUUACACUGGCUUCAUUAAAGUACAGAUGGAACUCUGCAGACCUUCACAAACUUCUCCAAGCUCUGGAAAACUUGCUCCCAGCAGCAGCGGCUGUAUGAACACACUUCACAUCAGCAGCGCAAACACUGUCGGGGAGGUGAUUGAGGCCCUGCUCAAAAAGUUCCUUGUGACCGAGAGCCCCACCAAGUUUGCACUUUAUAAGCGUUGUCAUAGGGAAGACCAAGUCUACGCCUGCAAGCUCUCGGACCGGGAACACCCACUCUACCUGCGUUUGGUAGCAGGGCCCAGAACAGACACACUUAGUUUUGUUCUUCGUGAACAUGAAAUUGGAGAGUGGGAAGCCUUCAGCCUUCCAGAACUACAAAAUUUCUUGCGGAUCUUGGACAAGGAAGAAGACGAGCAGCUGCAGAACCUGAAGAAGCGUUACGCGGCCUACAGACACAAGCUGGAAGAAGCUCUCAGUGAGAUGUGGAAACCUGAUUAAAGCGUGGGGCUCCCUGCCACCAGGGACGCAGGACCUGUGUACAAGCCAGCAGCCAAUGCCUCUCUCCUCAGAGGGCUGUCUCCUUGCCCAGUGAUGCUAGGGUUUUCCCCUUUGUUACCUCUAGAUGCAGUUCCCCAAACCCUGCCAGGGAGCACGUGGGGCCGUCGGCUUGCCCUGUGACAGCCUGCGCCACCCCUCUGCAAGCUGAGUCUGCAGUCUCCUCCGGAGCGGUCCAGAGGGCUUUGAAGCAUGGGCACUGGGUUUUGCCCCACUUACUCUCUUUUAGUUACUUUGUGUGAUGAUGUUAAGCUUAAGGAUGUACAAAUGAUUUGUUAAAAGCUUUACAAGUAAUCUAUCUGAAUACUUGUCCUAUGUUGAAACUACCUGUUGGGUUUUUCGUUGUUUUCCAAAUGUCAGGAAACGAUCCACAUGAAUUGAAAGGCACAAAAAGCCAGGAACUCUGAGGAAUUUGUGAAGGAUUUUGGAAGAUUUUGACAAAGAAAGUAAAGAGCAAGUUUGGAAGAAGGUGUGAGUGGAGGGUGGGGGACUUCAGGAAAGGUGGUUUGGUGAUGAGGUAGAGGAGAAAGGUGUAUUUGCUGGUAAAUUAGUUAAAAGCAUUCAGUUUUGAGAGGUUUAACCACUGUAGUAUUGUUUGAUUUCCUGGUGAGUAAUACGUGGGAACAGCCACAGAGAGUAGGACUAGACCAAGGACUAGACCAGCAGGAGGGGCGCCCACCUGCAACUGGCCGGUGCUGGGUGUGCUCUGGCAGGUGGGUGUCGCACACCCAGACAGACCCAGGCUGCCGGGCCGCCUGCUUGGGGCCCAGAGCCCCGUGUCCUGCCUUCCGGGUGCAAGGUCACGUGGUGCAACGUCCAGGCCGGUGGGGCACUGACCGGUUGCUAAGUCCUGCUAAUAAUUUCUCCCCCUGAGGUUGUUUUCAAAGUUGAAAAGGAGUUUUUUGGGUAGGGGACAGCUGUUUUGCCCAUUGUUAGCUGGGAGAUUUGUCAGGUAAAGGGCUCACAGCACACGUUUGUGACAAUCACUUCCGUCCUUUCCCUUCUUUUCCUUUUUUCUUCCCUCCCUUCGUCCACCCCUCCCCCUCUCCUUCUCCCUCUCGCUCACAAAUUGAAGUCUCUUCCUACAUAAUGUGCAACAUAUUAUAUGAUAUGUAAUACGGAUUAAAGCCCUAGUGCCAUCAGGACCUCCCACUGGGCUGGAAGGAGGACAGUGAGGGAGGACAGCCCGCCUACCUGGCUGACCACGGCAGAGGGAUUCUUUAUGGAAACGUUGUAACAAAAGUGCACCUUCCUGCCAACCAAAGAAAUGCCUGUGCGAUAGAAGCCUAUCUUAAAUUAAGCGGGUUAACCGCCUUCUGUGCAGCAGUUCAUCUGAAAACAGGAAAGGUGUGCUGUGGCGCUAGAGGGGCCUUACAGUCUAUUUUUUGUCUAGAUGUUUUUUGUUUAUAAAUUCCCAAGGAAUUGUUAACACUUUGGGGACACCUAAUGGAUUCUUUUUGAAAUUCCAAGGUGCUUCGGUUCUUAGCCUCCUAAGGGAACUGUGCCUUGUGCAGCGUUUCCGUUUCCCUCCGGCGACUCUUCCGACUUUCCAGGGAACACCCAUCUUGUUGGAGGCACAGAGUGUUGGCUAUGCUGUGCCGCCCCGGAACUGAGACAAUCGUAUCUUCCUAAGCUUUUUUAAGGCGACUUGGAAAGAAAAAAGUAGGACUAGUUAUAAAAUAUGUAUGGUAUGGCACAUCUAGUUAAAUUCUCCAUGUAACUUUUUUGUAGUGCAUUGAUGAGGUUUUAGUGAUACUGUCACCCAACACUUUAUUUGUUCAGGGAAUGGCUUCAUGAUUUUCAUACUGGUUUUAUUAUUCAGACCGGCUUGGGUUUGAGGAUACUGUUACCAAACACCUGGUCUUUUAAUUACCUAUCCCAGUAAGCUUAUGUUUUGUGAAGCAUUUGUUUCUCAGAUUAAGACACUGUUAGAACCUAAAGUAGUAGCUGAUGGGUAUCUGUGAAUUUUUUUUUUUUUUUUUUACUUGAAGUAGAUUGAAAUAGGGGUCCUCAUGUAUAUCCCCCAGACCCUUGCUCCUUGUCGUGUGACCACUACAGGUUGCAGUUUGGAAAAUGUGCUGUACUGAAUUCCGUCAGUACAUGGUUCUUUGAAGACUCAUGUCUUGGCCCAAACACUGGUUACUGCAGCAGCAUUUUUAAUGUGUAAAAGAAGAAAGACCAUUGAAGGUCAAAGAUUUUUAGAAAAUCAUUGUACAAAUUCUUGCUUUAAACUAAGCUUUGCUGUAAUACUGUUGUCUCUUCAGCAUGUGAUGGUACAGGAACGAUGUUAAACGAAGGGGGUAGUAUUGCAGGGGAGCAUUUGAAAUCGCAGAAGUAAAAAGUUAUAAUAUUUAUAAUUUUGAUGAGUUUAUUUUUAUAGGGAAGAUUUUUCUUCCCUAAAAUUGUCUCCUGAAUGGUGAGUUGUUUCCAUUAUUAAAAGUUGAAGUUGUCAGUUAA